CAGCAUGUCCUGCUCAGGAGGACAUGUCAGCAUGCCAGGCUCAGGCCUCCCCAGUCCUGGCACUCCCAGACCUGGGUGAUACCUGGUGGCCAAGAGGAGGGCGGGUCUCCUUGUCGCAUGCUGAGCCGGACGUAAUCCGUCUCCUCAGCUCUUGAUGCUCCCGUUGUCGCUGCUGAAGACAGCACAGAAUCACCCCAUGCUGGUGGAGCUGAAGAAUGGGGAGACGUACAACGGGCACCUGGUGAGCUGCGACAACUGGAUGAACAUCAACCUUCGAGAGGUGAUCUGCACAUCGAGGGACGGCGACAAGUUCUGGCGGAUGCCCGAAUGCUAUAUCCGUGGGAGCACCAUCAAGUACCUACGCAUCCCCGAUGAGAUCAUCGAUAUGGUGCGGGAAGAGGCCGCCAAGGGCCGCGGGCGAGGGGGACCGCAGCAGCAGAAGCAGCAGAAAGGCCGAGGCAUGGGUGGUGCUGGCCGAGGUGUGUUUGGUGGCCGGGGCCGGGGUGGCAUACCAGGUGCAGGCCGCGGUCAGCCCGAGAAGAAGCCAGGGCGGCAAGCAGGAAAGCAGUAAAAUGGGAGCAGCCUGAGCAGAGCCCAGGAUGGUGGACUAGUCCCCCGGGUGCCUUUGUGUGAAACGCCUGGCUCCCACUGACUCAGUUUCUGGAGGGUCCCGAGUCGGAGGCACCUCUGAAGCCCCGGAUGAUCUUUGAAAGGCUGACUUCUUCCGGGCUUGAUUUGAGUUUCAUGUUGGAGCCAUAGGCUCAGCGCGUGUCAGACUGGCCAGUCCCUCCCAGCUGACCCCUAUCUCUUCUGUUAGGAAAUAAAGGUGAGCACCACCA